AUGCCUUCGCACUACCACAACCCCUCCCAAUCUUCUUUCCGCCCCUCCAUCCUCCCUACCCCCGCCCCAGCGUCAACCAGCGCCUCAUCCACAUCUACGACCAAAUCGCGCCAAUACACCCACCUUCACUCGCAACUGGCACAGCUUAACACGCACCUCGCAGACACGGAGAAUCUGCUGCGGAUGACGGCUGUGCAGGCGGAGGAUAUGCGGUUCUUGGGUGGCUAUGUUGGGGGUUUGUUUAUGGGGUCUGCGAAGGUGUUGGGGGAGGAGGGAGUUGUUAAGGAGAGUCAGGGAGAAGCGGAAAGGAGAAUUAAGGAGGAGUUAGAGUCGUGA